CACUGGAGAAUAAUGUUUCUAUCAUGCACAAAACUUACUUGUAUUUUAUGCAAAGCAAGAUCUCUGAAGUGCACACACACACACACACACACGCACCACUGUUGAAUUGGGGACAUUUAUUCUGCAUAAAGCAAGAGAAGAAAAAAAAACCUUACAGUGUCUUUUGGGGGAAGAGUGCAACAAUCAGGUUACACUAACUAGUACUUUGUUAAGGGAUCUUACAAUUUUACUCGUGCAAAAUUUGAGUCUAAUUUUACAUCUUUAGUAUACGUUCACGCUACCAUGCUGAAGUUGUCCAAAUGUACCAGAUUUGAGGACGUUAAUUGUCCAUAUCCCUCUUCAGGGGAGUUAAUCAGUCAGGUUUUCCCUCUGGAUUUUGACUUGGCCAUUUCAAAAGUUACAUUUUCUGCUCAUUCAGUCAUUAUUUUGUCAUUUUGAUGUACGGUUUGCCUGAGUGUGGGGCUAAAAAACAUAAAUCCUUCUUAAUCCUCAGCUUUCUAGGUUACAAAGAUUCAGGCUCAGAAUUUGGAUCUGUUUCAUAAUGUCAUUCACCUUAAAUCCACACUUCCACUGGAGGUAAAAAAUAAAAUAAAAUAAAAAAUCCCCAAAUCAUAAUUCUGCCACCACCAUGUUUCACUGUGAGUGUGGUGUUCUUUGGGUGAUGUAUGUUUUUAGAAUUGAGUUUUGACAUUCCUGCAGUCUUUUCAAGUUUCUAUUUUUUCUAUUCAUAAAUUUAGAGAAAACACUCAGAUUGUUGCAAUGCCACUUUUGUCCAAUAGAUUUGCCAAAGACAGAUAAAUCUCUAUCCAGAGCCACACAUUCAGAUAAAAUGCAGAUUUUUUUAAAUGUAUAUUCUUACUACUAUUGAUACCUCAGUACAAUAGAAUAACUAACUAUGGCUUUAAUUACAGUCUGCAAAUGACCAAAUGUCAGUUAUUUCAGAUUAGACAGAUUUACAAAAAUUGAUGGCAGGCUUAAACUUGAGAAAACAGAUUGCUUAAUUUCAAUAAAAAUAUAUUUUUAUAUAGUUCAGGAGUGUGCAGCAUGCAACAAAAUCACAGCAUUUGUUUUUUUUUGCUUCUCAUCUUCCCCUGAACAAAUUUGUCAUUCUUUUUUUUUUCAGCUGAAUUUUAUAUAGUAUGUAUAAAAGUAAAGGUGGAAAAACAUGCAAAAUAGCAUUUUAACAGGGGUUGUGAACAGUUUUGACAUUUAGUGCAAAAAACAAACAAACAACAAAAAAACAGCUUUAUGUUGAUUCUUUACAUUGUUUUGCUGCUUCUCAACAGAAAAAGCACAAUGGAUGUCAGAACAAUAAAAGCCAAGGCUAAUUAAAUGAGGAAUGUUAUCAGUGGCUCCUUCAGGACGCGCUCGGUCAGAAAACAGGAUAACUAUGACAUCAUGAAUUGUUUAAAAAGAAAUAAUGAAAAAAUUAAAAGGUCAUAUCAUUCUCAAUUUUCAUUUUAAAUUUGAGAAAACUUCGCAGAAUGAUGGAUCAGUCAGGAGCGACUAUUUUGUUGCAGCCGCAAAGAAAUGAGCCGGGGGAAAACAUCUCCAUCUGAUCUAAAAAAAAAAAAAAAAAAUGUCUCUGUUCGGUGUGUGUGGAGUUAAUGAGUUAUUAAAGCGGAGCUGAGACAUUUCAGUAAAGCAGAGAGAACAGUUAGUUUUAUGUUCUUCAAAGGCUCCCACUGUCCCCUAGCUCCUCCCUCUCUGUACCGUGUGACAACAACAACUCAUCCACAGAGCGGUGCUGCACUUUUCAGCUCAUUUUCCUCCUGUCAUUCCUCCUCCUAUCUUUGAUCAUUGUCCCCUCUCAGAAAAAAAAAACGAGAGAAAAAAUUCACUCUGCACGCCUUUUUUCGCUCCAGCGCUUUUUUUUUUUUUUUUUUUUUUUUUUUUUUUUUUUUUACUUCCCAACUUAACUGAGGAGCUAAAACUCUGAAGGAUUCUUUCAUUUAAGGGUGUCUCGGCAGGCUGGCUUUUUUACUUUGAACUUCGGACUGCUUUCCCCUUUUCUCCCCCCCUCCCCCCUUCCUCUCGUUAGGUGACCAUGGCCGUACCGGCUGCUCUGAUCCCACCAACUCAGCUUGUCCCGCCGCCUCCGAUCUCCACUCCCUCCGCCACCACGUCCCCGCCGUCGACAACUUCGUCCCCGUCCCCGUCUCUGGUGCCGCCGACGGGACCCGGCCAGAACCUGUUCAGGUCGGAGCUCCUCGCCACCGGCAGCCCGGGCAUCCCGACCCCGACCGCGUCUCUGCCCCCGAGCAAGCCCGUCUACUCGACCCCGUCGCCCGUCGAGAACAUCCCGCAGAACAACGAGUGCAAGAUGGUCGAGCUGCGCGGCGCCAAGGUGGCAUCGUUCACCGUGGACGGCUGCGAGCUCAUCUGCCUCCCGCAGGCGUUCGACCUGUUCCUGAAGCACCUGGUCGGCGGGCUGCACACGGUCUACACCAAGCUGAAGCGGCUGGAGAUCACGCCGGUCGUGUGCAACGUGGAGCAGGUCCGCAUCCUCAGGGGGCUCGGCGCCAUCCAGCCCGGAGUGAACCGCUGCAAGCUCAUCUCCAGGAAGGACUUCGAGACGCUCUACAACGACUGCACCAACGCGAGCUCCAGACCCGGACGGCCUCCAAAGAGGACCCAGAGCGUGACGUCGCCGGAGAACCCCCACAUCAUGCCCCACUCGGUGCCUGGACUCAUGUCCCCUGGCAUGAUCCCUCCCACAGGCCUGACAGCGGCCGCGGCGGCAGCUGCCAACGCAGCCAUCGCAGAGGCCAUGAAGGUCAAGAAGAUCAAGCUGGAGGCGAUGAGCGGCUACCACGGCAACGCCAACCACCACGGGGCUGACGGAGAGAAUGGAGACCUCAGCUCYGGYGUCGGUGAGGAUGCCCUUUAAACGCACACACGCACU